ACGAUCUGAUAAACUUGUUCAUUAUGGUUUGAGAUCAGUCAUGCUUUGAUCGUUGCAAUCAGAUACUUACAUCAACUCUUACGGACACUCAGCCUGGACAGUGCCCCCUCAGCCCUGCCCUUACAUAUACUUAAUUGCCAGGACCUCUUUCAUUCAACUUUUCUUCCUCAUCAUGAGCUACGCACAACCCCUUCCAUCGCCCGGUCUGUCAAGUGGCCGUCGCAGGCCUAAGAACCUCCCGAGUUUACCUCUGUCUGCGUUUAGCCCACCAAGCACAGGAACUUCUGACAUGUUCCCUUUGCCCCCAACUCCAAGUGCACUCUUUCCAGGCGAAGUCAUUGACGCUCAUCUGCGGUCUGAGGCACUCGAAAAUGCUGCUCUUGAUCUGACUGGCACUGAGGUCACGGGUGUUGUUUUAUUGUUAAACGACCUUUCGGUGCCAGAAGGACUGCAAUCUUCUCUCACACAAAAUGUUCGAGUACUUUCCGUGGCAGCUCCCUUCGAGCUUAGCGCCAUCCCAUCGGAUUAUUCAGAUCACUCAGAGUCAUCUGGAAUUCCCCAGUCUCUUUACACCUCAUACACAACUUCGCAUGAAGCACCAGGAGCUAAAUCUCAGGCUAUCGAGACUUUGAAAUGGGCAUUCUCAAACAGCCGUCUCGUCGAUAUUGACGUUCAAAGUGACAUCAUGUCGAAUGUCGCAAAGUAUGAAGUGUUUGAGGAUCUUCUCAUGAAAGCCACAACCGAUCUUCCUGGAGAUAGGAAGGUCCCCAUAGUCCUUUCCAAUAUAUUACCGCCACCCCAUGACCUAAGCCUACCGAUCGUCAAGCUACUCGCUGAUCCAAGUUAUCGCAAUUAUCAAGCACACUCUGCAUCCUUGUCAUUGUUUCCAAAUCUCUAUGUGAAGUUCACGCCUCCCUUGUGGAAUCAAACCGUACCAGGUCCUGCAGAUCCAACUUCGGAAAUGGAUCAACAUCGUGAAUGGAAACGAAAAAUCAAAAUGUUCAUUGGUCCGGUGCUGGAAGCGUUUGGCUACGAGCGUAUUAUUUUUGGAACUUCACCUUCAUUGGCUGUGCCAUCGCUUCUUAACCCUGCAGACUGGUAUGCGCUUGUGCGCGAGUCUUUUGCAGAGCUUGCAGUGGAGCAGGAAGCGAUCGACUCGAUCUUUAGUUUAAAUGCAAAGAGCAUCUACGGAAGCCCAUAAUACUCUUCAAGUGCCAGGCCUGUACAAAGAUUCCCCAUUUUCUUGAACAAUUUUCGUAAUCGAACGAUAUCGAUAUUUUGUACGCUUUGGCGCACUAGAAUUUUCAAAUCGAUAACGAAUCAUGUAAAGUACAUACAAACGUGUCAACUUGACAAUGAGCUAUAGAUGACACGGUGAUAAA